UUCGAUAUCUAUUCAAUCUGACAAAUGGAGCAUCUGAGAGUAAUGGCCAACGCCCAACGGUACCGAACAGGAACAGCUCAACAGCUUUAUCAAACAACCUCACUCACUUCCAACUCCAUUGAAUUCUUAAAAUAAUUUUACCAUAUUCGGAUUAGCAACCACUCUAGUCUAAACUCUCACUCUCACAUACUCAAACACUCUCUCUCUCUCUCUCUCUCUCUAAAUCAUGAGCCUCUUGGUUUCCACUAGACCCACUCUCUCUUUCCGAUCAAAUGUCUAUCUCUUACGCCGCCCCACCACCACCACCAACCUCCCUCUCUCCUCUGCUUCACUCACUCCCAAACCACCGCCUCCUCUUCCAAACCCACGUGUCCAUAUUCUCCAUCGUGCGCCGUACACUUCUCCGUGCACCCCACGCGCCACCUCCGCCGCCGCCGCAGCACAUACCAUCUUCCACGACGCCGGAGCAGCCGCCGCCGUACUCGCCGGCGCCUACGCACUCGUCUCCGCCUUCGACUUCCUCACGCAGCGAAACCUCAUCCAACAGAGUUUAAGCAGAAAACUGGUUCAUAUAUUGUCUGGGCUGUUUUUCAUGGCUUCUUGGCCAAUUUUCAGCACCACAACAGAGGCGCGGUACUUUGCUUGUUUAGUUCCUCUUGUGAAUUUUUUGAGGCUUGUCAUCCACGGCCUCUCAUUGGCUUCUGAUGAAGGGCUCAUAAAAUCUGUUACUCGAGAAGGAAAACCAGAGGAGUUGCUUAGAGGCCCUUUGUAUUAUGUUCUGAUAUUGAUUUUAUGUGCUCUUAUCUUUUGGCGUGAGUCUCCAGUUGGAUUGAUCUCGUUGGCCAUGAUGUGUGGUGGUGAUGGUAUUGCCGAUAUCAUAGGUAGAAGAUUUGGGUCCUUGAAGAUUCCUUAUAAUCAGCAGAAGAGUUGGGCGGGUAGCAUAUCCAUGUUUAUUUUUGGAUUCCUGAUUUCCAUUGGGAUGCUGCAAUACUAUUCAGUUCUGGGAUAUUUACAUUUGGAUUGGGUCCAAACAGUGCAAAAGGUCGCUCUAGUUUCUUUGGUGGCAACUGUGGUGGAGUCCCUUCCAACGACGGAGGUAGUAGAUGACAACAUAUCUGUUCCUUUAGUAAGCAUGGCAGUGGCAUUUUCAAUGUUUGGUUAUUAGCUUGUUGCACCCCUUUUUUUCUCUUCCCCUUCCAUUUGUCCCAUUAUUGAUAUGUUUAAAAUUUCAUUUUUUGUCUAUUGUCAGUCUCCUUAAAUGCCCUUUAAAUCAAUGCCUCUGCGAAACAGGUGUUAAUAUAAUGAAAUUAAUUAAACAAAUACAAAGCAUCUCUUUUAUUCU